AUACCGGUAUACUGUUUUUCUAAAACAGGGACAUUGUCAAUCGCAAAAAUGGUCGCCAUGGAAGGUUUGUCGACAUAUUUGGUGUGCAUCCUGAUCCCUGCACUGCUGUCCAUCUCCUGGGCAAAAUAUCGAGGUUUGGAAUACAUCUUGAUGAACUAUCGCUGGAUUUUCGUCUGUUUGUUCCUGCUUCCCGUGUCGGUUGUAUACGAUGUCUGGUACUACCUUCGCAAUUACAUCAUAUUUAAGCUCAGUUCGGCUCCCAAAAGACACGAUCAAAAAGUACAAGAUGUCCAAAGGCAGGUACGACAAUGGAGGGAUGGUGGUGCUCGUUCUUACAUGUGCACGGCUCGUCCCGGCUGGAUGAAUGUUUGCCUGAGAAACGCUGUGUACAAGAAAACCUUCCAGAAGAUUCAGGUGAACCUAGUGGACAUACUGGACAUGGACGCUAACCGGCAGAUUGUCCGCGUGGAGCCAUUGACCACCAUGGGGCAAAUCACAGCCACCCUCAAUCCCCUGGGCUGGACUCUGCCGGUACUCCCUGAGUUAGAUGAUCUCACUGUGGGUGGGCUGAUUAUGGGUGUAGGAAUAGAGACAUCUUCCCACAAGUAUGGCCUGUUCCAACACUGUUGUGUCAGCUUUGAACUGGUUUUGGCUGAUGGUAGUGUCACCAGGUGUUCAAAGACAGAAAAUCCUGACCUGUUCUAUUCUGUACCUUGGUCAUAUGGAACCCUGGGCUUCCUGGUGUCAGCGGAGCUGAGAAUCAUACCUGCCAAAAAGUAUGUCAAACUGGAAUACUUCCCUGUUCAUUCCAAGGACGACAUGAUCAAGAAGUUUGAAGAAGAAACUGAGAAGCGAUCUGACAAUCAGUUUGUGGAGUGUUUGGUUUACUCCAGAAAUAAAGCUGUUGUCAUGACAGCAAACAUGACGGACGACGUUAAUUUGAAUAAGGUAAAUCCCAUUGGUAAGUUUUGGAAGCCAUGGUUUUUCAAGCACGUGGAAUCGUUCCUGGAGAGCGGCCCUGGGGUGGAGUAUCUGCCACUGCGUCACUACUACCAUCGCCAUACCAAGAGCAUCUUCUGGGAACUCCAGGACAUCAUACCUUUUGGAAACCACCCGCUUUUCCGUUACCUUUUUGGCUGGAUGGUUCCUCCGAAAAUUUCCUUGCUGAAACUAACCCAAGGGGAGACAAUCAAGCGGAUGUAUGAGAAACACCAGGUCAUUCAGGACAUGUUGGUUCGUAUGGACAAACUGGACGAGUCUCUGCAAUGCUUCCACAAAGAGUUAAAUUUGUACCCUCUCUGGCUGUGCCCUUUCUACCUGCCCAGUCUGCCCGGCAUGGUGCACCCUGCUUCAGGUGAAGGUCAGAUGUAUGUAGACAUCGGCGCGUAUGGUACCCCUAAGUCCCCCAGGUUCUCCACUAUCCCUUCUACAAGGGCCAUUGAGGCAUUCGUCCGAAGUGUGAAUGGAUUCCAGAUGUUGUAUGCUGACUCUUACAUGACCAGGGAGGAGUUCCGCGACAUGUUCGACCAUUCCUUGUACGACAAAAUGAGAAAGAGGCUCCAGUGUACCACAGCGUUCCCAGAGGUCUACGAUAAAGUGAGCAGAAAGGCUCGUGAAUAAAAAUCUCCAGGAGGCCAACUCCACAUCGGCACCUGAAAGACUGGCCCUUUCUCCACACUCAGUAUCAGGGGCAACCGUCACAGAACUUUAAAGAUUUUUCCUGAAAAGGGAUUUAAGCACCUGACGUGAAAGUUCCCCCAUAAGUCUGCCACUGGGUUUAUAGGCAGACCUUGAAAGCGUUAACAGAUACAACUGACCUCCCCAAGAUGUUCUAACUACAUGUACAUAUAUACAUACAUAUUCAUAUAAAAAAUUUACAUGAUUUACUGUUUCCUUAGUGGCCUACAUUAGAACAACGCUGUAUCAAACACAUUGUACAUGUGCGUUUUAGAAGAAUAAGACUGAAACUCCAACAUUUAUUCAGCUUUGAAUUAAGCAAAAUGUAUUUAUAUUGAUAUCAGUAUUUACAGAAUGAACAGUGCAAUGAAAUUUCCUGUUUAUUUAUAUUCACAUAUUGCUGAAUGGUUGCACUGACCAGAGUUACAUACAACUGUCAUCAUCAUCAUAAGGCACAAUGGGCAAAGGUACAGUUUGCAGACAUACUUGGCUUUAUUCCGGUGAAAUAUGACUGGCAUAAUGACACAAUUAUGCUAUCAUAUAUAUUUCCAUUUUGUGUCAAUAUUUUUUGAUGAAUUUGAGUCGUGAAAGUGUUAAUCUUGCAAAAUCUUUAUGUCUACAUUGAUGUAUCCCUGGUUGAAUAACGGUAGAGGCUUUUUAAUUGGGGGAGGAAGAGGAGGGCAUCUUUGAGCAGACGUGGACCAGACCACUGCUGAUGGCUUUUUGAUAACAGCUAAUACAUGUCAUAUAGAUCCACCAAAAAAUAACAAAAAUACAUAUUUUAAAUAUGCCUAUAUAUAUAUAGCUGAAAUUAUACUGACAUGAUCUGGACUAGUGUUUACAGAAAGCCAUUGGACAGUACAUGUACAUGGGUACAUGUAGUUUGGAUUUCAAUUCCCCUGUAUA